UUUUUUUUGGGAAGGAUGGACUGUAACGUUGAAUCAAUUACAGGUCGCUGUAGCUCAAGCGCAUUUGUGAGCGCGGUCGUGGACGCAGACGGAGGGGUGCACAUAUGCUAGCUCUCAGAGUGAAGGACCGUGGCCAUAGGAUUACUACUACUACACUUGAGGAGAGGAGCCUUCACUGAGAGGAGCCUUCACAGGAGUGAUUUUUAUGCUCCUGAUUGAAUUCUACUGGGAUUUAUCAUCGAGACGCAAAAUCCAAGGGAAUUUAAAAGCUGAAUGAACCAUCCGUGACCAUGGAUGAAAUGAAGACAUGUCUCAUCAUUGGGGUGGUCUUGUUUGGAUUGUUAUCGGUUACCUGCGGACUGACGCCACCGACCAUUGUGUCAACUGAAGAUGAGUUUGUUCUCGAGCCACUCUCCGUCUUCAACAUCAGCUGCACUAGUAAAAGGAACGUUGCUUGGGUCGAGCCCUUACCGGUCGACACAUUCGUUUUGCCUGGCUAUUACACGGCCACGCUCUUCAUCUACAACGCUUCCGUGACACACACCGGAUAUUACAUCUGCAAAUACCAAGACGAAGAGGGCGAUGAAGAGGAUGAUGAAGACAAUGAGGCAGUCAUAUACGUUUUUGUCCCAGAUCCCAAGGUUCCGUUCGUGCCCGAGGAGCCAGGUAGCAUGGUAGUUCUAGUCUAUCCUGGUGAAACCAUCAUCCCAUGCAGGGUGUCAGACCCUCGAUCCCCGGUGGUCCUAAAGAGUGCUCCCAGUGGAGUAGAGGUGGACGCUGCUUAUGACAACAAGAUCGGCUUCAUUGGCAACCUGGACGCUGGACUCUACGUCUGUGAGACCAUCGUGAACGGCGUGGCAACGACCAGUGACAUCUACACCGUGAAGGACAACAAACUGAUGGACGACUUCCAUGUGGAGGUGAAGGCCAGCGAGGAGGCAGUGAGACUGGGGGAACCCUUCAACAUCACCUGUGUGGCACCUCCAGGACUGCCCUACCAGCAGCAGUGGAUUCACCCCAUGAAACAGGCUGUGGAUGCAGUCCAGUUGAAGCAGGCUCUGCCUGAUAGAGUGGUCUACACCCUCAGUAUCCCAGCAGCCUCCUCUCAGGACAGUGGGGUGUAUGAGUGCUCUAUCACCAACAACUUCAGUGGAGAGAUCAGAGCCAACAUGGUGGCUGUCACUGUCUUCGAGGAGAACUCCUUUGUGAUGUUGGACCACAGUGGGAUUGGAGCGGUGGAGUUUGUCAGUAUGAUGGAGGAGACAGAGUUCACCAUCGGUAUUGAAGCCUUCCCUGCUCCUAAAGUCACCUGGCUGAAAGACGGUAUCGCCAUCACUGAGAACAGCUACUUCCUCACCGAGACCAGACGUCUGGCGGGCAACCACUAUCAGAGCACUCUGACUCUUCGGCAGCCACUAGAGGAGGACAGUGGGAAUUACACCGUCGUGGUCCUCAGCAGCGCUCACACUGCCCGGUUCUCCUUCACCCUCAAAGUGAAAGAAUCAGGCCCAGUACUGUUCCAGCCAGCCUCAGCGCCAGUGCUGUUCCCCCAGAGAGAGGAGUGGAUUGUUCCUCUCCACACCCCCUUCACCCUGACCUGCAGGGGCGAGGCCGAGCUGGCCUGGGACACGCCCGUCUACCUAUCAGAGCAGACCGAGGAGGACAACAGCGGCCUGUUCAUCACCACGGUUACCGUAGAGAACGCGACAGCAGGGCACACUGGCUUCUACACCUGCUUCUACAAAGGAGGGAACUCCACUGAGGAAGGAGAGGACAGCAGCAUCUACAUAUAUGUGCCAGAUCCAGAGGUGCCCUUCGUACCCUCGCUGGUGCCCUUUGGCAACCACGUCCUGAAUGGUCAUGAUGAGAUGGAGAUUCAGUGUCGCGUGUCAGACCCCGGUGCCAAUGUGACCCUGGUCAACGCUGAUACCCAGCAGGCCGUGCCCAUGGUGGUCUACGACAGCAAGAGGGGUGCCGUGGGCUUCUUCAGCGCAGGAACCUACGUCUGUAAGGCCCUCGUCAAUGGAGAGGAGCACCUCAGUGAGGAGUACAUCGUCCACGGCUGGGCAGGGGGGUCAGAGCUGCGUGUGGAGCUGAAGGCCCAGAAGACAGCCCUCUUGGUGGGAGACACCAUCACUGUCAUUUGUGUGGCCCGGGGGUCUGAGAUACUGGAAGACCACUGGAAGUACCCUGGAAAACUGGCGGACCGGGGCUUGAAGUCGGUGCGUGAGAAUAAGAGGGACCAGGAGAUCCAGUACACAUUGACUGUCCCCAAGGCCUCAGCCAAAGACAGCGGCAUCUAUGUCUGCUCCAUCACUGACAUCAUCAGCAACGAGAACCAGACCAAGAAGCUGGCCAUCACUGUCUAUGAGAGGCCAUUCGUGUCGCUGCGCCCGGCGUUCAGUUCACAGGAGUCAGCAGAUUUGGAUGAGGUCAGACAGUUCCAGGCUGACAUUGACUCCUUUCCCAGCGCUCAGGUCACAUGGCUCAAAGAUGGCCUCCCUCUCAACGACGUGGCGGCUGAGAUAACCACCAGCCUCCGGCAGGUCAGCGAGACCAGGUACCAGAGUGUUCUGACCCUGAUUCGGGCCAAAGAGGAGGACAGUGGGAACUACACCAUCAGAGUGCAGAACGGGAACCAGACCCACAGCCACAACUUCAGCCUGCAGGUCAAAGUGCCUGCAGUCAUUGUGGACCUGAUGGACCUCCACCAUGGCUCAGCCUCAGGCCAGUCUGUAGUGUGUAUCGCUGGAGGCAUGCCCACUCCUAAGGUGGAGUGGUUCAUCUGCAAGAACAUCAAACACUGUGCCAACGACUCGUCUGAGUGGGUGCCCCUGCCUACCAACAACACAGAGAUCACUGUGGAAGCGCACAUCGACCAGGACAACCAGCUGGAGAGUCAGGUGAUCUUUGGGCAUCUGGAGAACACCUUGGCUGUUCGCUGCCUGGCCAGGAACGAGAUGGCCACCGUCAGCAGGGAGGUCAAACUGGUGUCACAAGACCCUCACUCAGAGCUGACUGUAGCUGCUGCUGCCCUGGUGCUGCUGGUCUUUGUCAUCAUCUCACUCAUUGUUCUGGUCAUUAUCUGGAAACAGAAGCCUCGCUAUGAGAUCCGCUGGAGGGUGAUAGAGUCAGUGAGCCCUGAUGGUCAUGAGUACAUCUACGUGGACCCCAUGCAGCUGCCCUAUGACUCCAGAUGGGAGUUCUCUCGCGAUGGGCUCGUACUGGGACGUAUCCUGGGCUCUGGGGCGUUUGGGAAGGUGGUGGAGGGAACUGCAUAUGGACUCAGCCGCUCCCAGCCCGUCAUGAAGGUGGCCGUGAAGAUGCUGAAACCCACGGCCCGCUCCAGUGAGAAACAGGCCCUGAUGUCAGAGCUGAAGAUUAUGACUCACCUGGGCCCUCACCUCAACAUCGUCAACCUGCUUGGGGCCUGUACCAAGUCAGGCCCCACCUACAUCAUCACUGAGUACUGCUUCUAUGGAGACCUUGUCAACUACCUGCACAAGAACAGAGAAAACUUUGUCAGCGUGCACCCAGAGAAGACCAAGAAAGACCUGGACAUCUUUGGCAUCAACCCUGCAGACGAGAGCAGCAGGAGCUAUGUGAUCCUGUCCUUUGAGAGUGGUAAAGGGGACUACAUGGACAUGAAGCAGGCAGACACCACGCAGUACGUGCCCAUGCUGGAGAUGAGUGACGCCUCCAAGUACUCCGACAUCCAGAGGUCCGAAUACAACCACCCGCCAUCACAGAAGGGUGAUAGUGAGAUGGACAACAUGCUGUCAGGGGAUGGUAACGAGGGCCUCAGCACCACAGACCUGCUCAGCUUCACCUACCAGGUGGCCAGAGGCAUGGAGUUCCUAUCCUCUAAGAACUGUGUGCAUCGGGACCUGGCUGCCAGGAAUGUCCUGCUCUCUCAGGGGAAGAUAGUGAAGAUCUGUGACUUUGGCCUGGCCAGAGACAUCAUGCACGACAACAACUACGUCUCCAAAGGCAGCACCUUCCUGCCAGUGAAGUGGAUGGCUCCGGAGAGUAUCUUUGACAACAUGUACACCACCCUCAGUGACGUCUGGUCCUACGGCAUCCUCCUCUGGGAGAUCUUCUCUCUAGGUGGCACCCCAUACCCAGGGAUGGUAGUGGACUCCAGCUUCUACAACAAGAUCAAGAGUGGCUACAGAAUGGCCAAACCUGAGCAUGCCCCCACUGAUGUGUAUGAGAUGAUGAUGAAGUGUUGGAAUAGUGAGCCUGAGAAGAGGCCUUCCUUCUUCAGCCUGAGUGAGAGCGUGGCCUCACUGCUGCCUUCCGGCUACAAGAGGUGUUUCGAGAGGGUGAACCAUGAGUUCCUGAAGAGUGACCACCCGGCAGUGACCAGGGUCCAGGUGGAGAAUGACGACACCUACGUUGGGAUCACCUAUAAGAACCAGGGCAAGUCGAAAGACAGGGAGAGUGGCUUUGACGAGCAGCGCCUCAGCUCUGACAGUGGUUACAUCAUCCCCCUUCCUGACCUGGACCCCCUGUCUGAUGACGAGUACUGCAAGAGGAAUCGCCACAGCUCUCAGACGUCUGAGGAGAGUGCCAUAGAGUCGGGCUCCAGCUCCACGCUGGCCAAGAGAGAAGGAGAGACCCUGGAGGACAUCACCCUAUUGGAUGAGAUGUGUCUGGACUCAGAGCUGGUGGAGGACAGCUUUCUGUGAGAGGCCUGGAGAAACCUAAAGCCUGCCAAAGAGAGGGGGAUAUUGGUGGGAAAGACACCUGAACAUAGACCCUUAAACCACCCACUCGUCCUCGCCACCCCCUAUCUCAAACCCACCUCAUCCCACGCCCCACACACCUUUCAGUCCUCUUAGGAGGACAGAGAAAAACCACUUCACUUCUUGGAUGAGUCUGUGGCCAGAUCAUGGUAUGCCUUCUGUUCCCUCCUCAGAAAGCGCCCCCUGUGGGGCUGGAGGGACGUGCAUAGAUAGAUGGAUAGAUGGGACACUGAGGACUCGCCACUAUCAUGUGGUUACUGAGUCUCUAUAGAAGGUCAGUUUUGGAUGGGACGAAGUGCACAUGAGGAGAACAUGGAGGAAGAUAGAUUUUUAUCGAAAUGUAUAGAACCUUAUUGUAAUGGGCAUUCCGAACAGCAACAUAAGCAAGGAUGGAUGGAGGGAUCAGAAUGGAUCAGGCGUGAAAAUCAAAGAGCCAGAAUGAACAGCAAUUUAUCUCAGCCAUGCAGAACCACUACAGACAGACCCACUAUUUAAACCACAUCACACCAGUGCCAGCAAACAGACCAGUACGAGGCCAGCUACACAACAGACAGCUUUACUUCACAACUCACCUACCUGCAGCAUAUGAUCUAUAACUCCAAUGUAUCUGAUGCUGGCACAAUCAGUAGUAAUACUUUGAUUAAAAAGCACAACAUCUGGACUAUGUAUAUGUUUUUAUAUGCAAUUAUAUGGCAUAUGUUGUCAAUAGCUAAAUAAGUGCAGCAGGUCAACAACAAAAAAUGUAAACUUCUUAUCACGCAUAUAUAUAUAUAUAAAUAUGUAUAUUUUUUAAUACUGCGUCGAGGAAGGUGAUGAUAUGGGUUUUAAAUUAAGAAUUACAACUAACUUCCAAAACUAGACUCCAUAGUACAUAAACCAUUACAUUAUGUAAAUUAUGAAAUGGGAAUUUGUUUAUUCAAAUUGUAAAAUGAACUCAUGCUAAGUAUGAGUGACAUUGAACCUGGACCAAAGUACAUUUAUGUGCAUUAGUACAGCAUGCAAUAAUAUGUGUUGUUUUCAAGCUUUUGAGCUUAUGCCAUUGUAAUAAUAGUAAUGAAUUGAUGUUAAUAAUAAACACAGAGCGUUAUUCACUGCAGAUAAAGGAAGGGAACAAGUGAGAAAAGCACCAUAGUCAUCUGAUUUGACAGUUGGACAGAUCUCAUGCUUCUCAAAGCCAAGGAGCUGGUACAUCUUCCCAAUCAGAGAGGACGUUAUGCAUGCGUUGUUCUGAUUGGUAGAAGUGAUUUAGCUGAUGUCGUAUGUACAGCCAUUUUGCUGUCCUGUACAGAGACAGAAGUACAGGUGUUGUACCAAUGUUAAAUACACUCGUUUUCUACACAUAACGUGAUGUCAGCAACAUACAUCACUAUGUGUACGUGUUGUCAGCAACAUACAUCACUAUGUGUACGUGUUGUCAGCAACAUACAUCACUAUGUGUACGUGUUGUCAGCAACAUACAUCACUAUGUGUACGUGUUGUCAGCAACAUACAUCAUUAGUGUACGUGAAGUCAGCAACAUACAUCAUUAGUGUACGUGAAGUCAGCAACAUACAUCAUUAUGUGUACGUUUUAAUGUUCAGUCCUGCAGUAUUUCCUACCAGCUGUCCCAACUGCUUUCGUCUGUCUCUACCGUCGACUGUGAUGUUCUCUGUGAUCACAUUAAAACUGUAGCACUUUUUUUGUAUUUUCCUUGUAUUUGAUGUGUGAAAUGAUUGGACUUUUUUUUUGUUGAGAGAAGGGCUUGGUUUGGCUCUGGAAGGUUUCCUCUCUAUGGCAACAGCGUUGUGAAUGUAGAGUGGAAGAAGUGGUGGGGAAGAGACGUUAUGAAGUAUAAUCCACGGUACAGUAUCUAUAAUUAUAGGUAGUUAUCACCAAUACCCGGAAGUUAUCCUCAUGUUUCAAUGUUUCAUUAUGCAUUAUGUACAUUCAGAUGAUUUAUAUUUCAAUAAAUGAUUUAAUAGUG